AUGUUAGCACUGCUGAUUAUUCCUGCUCUUGCAUACAUGGCAUACAUCCGACUGACCAGAAAGAGACCAUUUACUGGCGAUAUGGCGGAGCAAAAGGUGGUUAUUCUGGGAGCAUCAAGUGGAAUCGGUAGAUCCAUGGCUGUUCAAUAUGCUGCUAGAGGUGCAAAACUCCUUCUUGUUGCUCGACGUCAAGGCCUGUUGGAGCAGGUUCAACGAGAAUGCCAAACCAUGCAUCCUAAAUCUACCUGCGACAUUGUUGUUGGAGAUAUUACUCAAGAGUCUGUUUUGGCUGCUGCAACUGUAAAGGCUAACUCCGUUCUAAAUGGUGUUAAUGUUCUUGUUCUCUGUGCCGGAAUUACUUCAGUGCGUUCUUUCGAAGCCUUGUGUUCUCUGGACUCGGAAGCUAAUCAAGCUUCGUCUGGAUCUACAGUCUCGUCUGAUUCUAUAUCAACAACUCUCAUUCAACAGGUGUUUACAACAAAUUUACAUGCACACAUGCUGGCAGUCAAACACUUUCUUCCUAUAUUGAAGGCAUGCAAGGCACAAAUACUUGUCAUCUCGUCGGUUGCAGGUGUCAUUCCCGCACCCACUAGAUCCAUUUACACGGCUUCAAAACACGCACUGACUGGGUUCUUUAAGGCUCUGCGGAUUGAACUCGCUUAUUCUGGAGUAUCCGUUUGUAUUGCAUUUCCAGGAACAGUUAAUACUGCGUUUCGUGAAUCUGCAGUUGAUGUUGAAGUGUCAAAGACAGAAUCACCUGAGAUGACUCGACGUAUAAUGAACAGGAAACAGCCUGGAUCUAUGACUGCCGAUAGUUGUGCUGCUAAUAUCAUCUACGGUGCCGAUCGUGGUGAUCGUGAAAUCUAUUUGCCUCGACUGUAUUAUUUUGCUCAUGUCUUGUCUAUGUUUAUGCCCGAGGUGAUGGACUAUUUUGCUGCAAAAAAGUAUGGCUACGUUGGUGAUGGAAAUUAG